AGUGGUCUGUAGCAGUCUAGUAGUCUAGUGGUCUGUAGUGGUCUGUAGUGGUCUGUAGUAGUCUAGCGGUCUGCAGUCGGUCUGAAGAUGAACCAGCGCCGGUCAGUGUCGGAACAGAACCAUGUGAUCGAGCGGAGGGUCAGGAGUCGUGACAACCUGCUCAUCAACACAGACUUUGGAGACGACAACGGUUCCAGUUACCAUGGAUACUACCCAGGUCGUAGCAGUGCAGAGCGACAACUCCUGGCACGUCAGGCGGUUGCUAAGCGACGACAGGCCAUGCGAGGCCCCGCCUACAUGUUCUCGGAUCCGCCCAUCAGCCUCUCGGAUGCAGAACAGCGCUUCCUGGACGCGGCAGAGUAUGGCAAUAUCCCAGAGGUGCGACGCAUGGUCCUACACAUGCCCAGUCUCAACGUGAACGCAGUAGACUACAUGGGCCAGAAUGCAUUGCAGCUGGCGGUGGCCAAUGAGCAUCUAGAGGUGACUGAGCUGCUGCUUGGGAGAGUGGAGCUAUCCAGGGUGGGAGACGCUCUGCUACUGGCCAUCAGUAAGGGUUAUGUGCGUAUAACGGAGGCGUUGCUAGGCCACCAGUCGUUCAGUGACGCGAAGCGCCUGACAGCAAGCCCUGCCCAGGUGGACAUGUUGGAUGACUUCUACGCUUAUGAUGAGGAUGGGACACGUUUCUCCCAUGAUGUGACUCCAGUGAUUCUUGCAGCUCAUUGUCAUGAAUAUGAGAUUGUCCACAACCUAUUGGGUAAAGGAGCCCGUAUAGACCCGCCCCACGACUACUUCUGUUGCUGUGAUUCGUGCAACUACCAGCAGCAAUUUGACUCCUUCAGCCACUCACGGUCCAGGAUUAACGCCUACCGUGGCCUGGCUAGCCCUGCCUACCUCUCGCUGUCCAAUGAGGAUCCAGUAUUAGCCGCCCUGGAGCUCAGUAACGAGUUAGCUGUCCUGGCCAACAUCGAGAAGGAGUUUAAGAAUGACUACCGGCGUCUGUCUGGGCAGUGUAAAGACUAUGUGGUAGGUCUGUUGGAUCUCUGUCGCAGCACUGAGGAGGUGGAGGCUAUACUGAGUGGAGAUACUGACUCAGAGGAGACGUACCAUCCACCUGGUCGACCCUCGCUCACGAGACUCAAACUGGCCAUCAAAUAUGAACUCAAGAAGUUUGUAGCCCAUCCUAACUGUCAACAGCAGUUGUUGACUAUCUGGUAUGAGAACCUACCAGGUCUGAGACAGCAGACUACAGCUGUUAAACUACUGGUGGUCCUGGGAGUGGCUGUUGGACUACCUGGACUAGCUGUGGCUUACCUGGUGGCCCCCUGCAGUAGGGUAGGGAGGGUGAUGAGAAGUCCCUUCAUGAAGUUCGUGGCCCACGCUUCCUCCUUCUCCAUCUUUCUGUGUCUGCUGGUCUUGAACGCUGCCGACCGCUUCGCUGGGACCACACUGCUACCCAACAUGACCACACAUCUCCCCACGCGACCGCAACAGAACCAGCAACAAGAGCGUGACCCCACCAUGCUGUAUCGUAUGAAAACCACCCCCUUCACCUGGAUGGAGACUCUCAUCAUAUCCUGGGUCAUUGGUAUGAUUUGGGCGGAGGUAAAGGAGAUCUGGUCUCAGGGUGCGGGAGAAUACCUCUUAGAACCCUGGAACUUCCUGGACUUCGGAAUGUUGGCCAUCUUCCUGGCGUCCUUCAGUUCCCGCUUCUCUGCCUAUAACCACACCCACUCAGCCCAGCUAUACGUUCACACACACUACACCCACCUCUCUACGCUGGACAACAUCACCCUUCCACCACACGUACACUACUACACACUGGCUCGUCUCUCCUGGUUGCCCUCUGACCCCCAGCUGAUAUCUGAGGGGCUGUAUGCGGUUGCCGUGGUGCUCAGUUUCAGCCGCAUCGCCUACAUCCUGCCAGCCAAUGAAAGCUUCGGACCGCUGCAGAUAUCACUAGGACGCACUGUUAAAGACAUCUUGAAGUUCAUGGUGAUCUUUAUCCUGGUGUUCCUGGCGUUUAUGAUCGGAAUGUUCAACCUCUACUCCUACUACCUGGGGGCCAAGCAGAACGAUGCCUUUACCACUCUCGAGGAGAGCUUUAAGACUCUGUUCUGGGCGAUCUUCGGCCUGUCGGAGGUGAAGUCGGUCGUCAUUAACAACGAUCACAAGUUCAUUGAGAACAUCGGCUACGUCCUGUAUGGCGUUUAUAAUGUUACCAUGGUGAUCGUUCUGCUGAACAUGCUGAUCGCUAUGAUAAACAGCUCUUUCCAGGAGAUAGAGGAUGAUGCUGAUGUGGAGUGGAAGUUUGCCCGUGCCAAGCUGUGGUUCUCCUACUUUGAGGAAGGCAGGACCCUGCCCGUCCCAUUUAACCUGGUUCCUAGUCCUAAAGCAACGCUGGGCCUGGCCACUGCUGUGAGAGCGCUGCUGCUACACAGCCACACACAGCCACCUGACGGGGCGCAGCUCAACCAGCUGGGAGACAGUACAGCUUCAGGAUACAGCAACUCUCCGAGACCCACCAGAUACCAGAAGAUCAUGAAGCGCCUUAUAAAACGUUACAUCAUCAAAGCCCAGACGGACAAAGAAAAUGACGAGAUCAACGAAGGUGAGCUGAAAGAGAUUAAGCAGGAUAUCUCCAGUCUGCGUUAUGAGCUGCUGGAGGACAAGAAUCACAACAUGGAGGAGCUGCAGGAGCUUCUGGGGAGGCUGAGAGAGACUGACAACACACACCACACAGAGGAACACACACAAUAACACACACACACCACAGAGCAACACACACACCACACAGAGGAACACACACAAUAACACACCACACAGAGUAACACACACAACACACAGAGGAACACACACAAUAACACACCACACAGAGUAACUCACACACCACACAGAGUAACUCACACACCACACAGAGCAACACACACACCACACAGAGUAACACACACACCACACAGAGGAACACACACAACACACAAUAACACACCACACAGAGUAACACACACAACACACAAUAACACACAAUAACACACCACACAGAGGAACACACACACCACACAGAGGAACACACACACCACACAGAGGAACACACACAAUAACACACCACACAGAGUAACUCACACAAUAACACACCACACAGAGUAACUCACACACCACACAGAGGAACACACACAAUAACACACCACACAGAGUAACUCACACACCACACAGAGGAACACACACAAUAACACACCACACAGAGUAACUCACACACCACACAGAGUAACACACACAACACACAACACACACAAUAACACACCACACAGAGGAACACACACACCACACAGAGGAACACACACAAUAACACACCACACAGAGUAACACACACACCACACAGAGUUACACACACACCACACAGAGGAACACACACAAUAACACACCACACAGAGGAACACACCACACAGAGUAACACACACAAUAACACACCACACAGAGUAACACACACAAUAACACACCACACAGAGUAACUCACACACCACACAGAGUAACACACACACCACACAGAGUAACACACACAAUAACACACCACACAGAGUAACUCACACACCACACAGAGUAACACACACACCACACAGAGGAACACACACAAUAACACACACACACCACAGAGCAACACACACAAUAACACACCACACAGAGGAACACACACAAUAACACACCACACAGAGUAACACACACAAUAACACACCACACAGAGUAACACACACAAUAACACACCACACAGAGUAACUCACACACCACACAGAGUAACACACACACCACACAGAGUAACACACACAAUAACACACCACACAGAGUAACUCACACACCACACAGAGUAACACACACACCACACAGAGGAACACACACAAUAACACACCACACAGAGUAACUCACACAAUAACACACACACCACACAGAGUAACACACACAAUAACACACCACACAGAGUAACUCACACACCACACAGAGUAACACACACACCACACAGAGUAACACACACACCACACAGAGUAACACACACAAUAACACACCACACAGAGUAACUCACACACCACACAGAGGAACACACACACCACACAGAGGAACACACACAAUAACACACCACACAGAGUAACACACACACCACACAGAGUAACACACACAAUAACACACAUACACUACACAGAGUAACACACACACCACACAGAGUAACACACACAAUAACACACACACCACACAGAGUAACACACAACAACAACACACCACACAGUAACACACACACCACACAGAGUAACACACACACCACACAGAGUAACACACACACCACACAGAGUAACACACACACCACACAGAGUAACACACACACCACACAGAGUAACACACACACCACACAGAGUAACACACACACCACACAGAGUAACACACACACCACACAGAGGACU